UUUGAUAUUUGAGCUCCUUUCGCAGCUCUUCUUUGCGUUGGCCAUCGCUCUCUCUCUUUCUCUCUCUCUCUAGCAUAUCGAGCAGCAACCAUGGUUUUUGUGAAAUCUCAAAAGUCAAGGGCUUACUUCAAGCGGUACCAAGUUAAAUUCAAGAGAAGGAGAGAGGGAAAGACAGAUUACCGGGCCAGGAUUCGCCUGAUCAAUCAGGACAAGAACAAGUACAACACGCCAAAAUAUCGAUUUGUUGUGCGAUUUACUAACAAGGAUGUAAUUGCACAAAUUAUAUCUGCUACCAUUGCUGGUGAUAUGGUUCUUGCAGCUGCUUAUGCUCAUGAACUACCUCAUUUUGGGCUGGAAGUGGGCCUCACAAACUAUGCUGCAGCUUACUGCACCGGACUUCUCUUGGCCCGUCGGGUUCUGAAAAUGCUCGAGAUGGAUGAUGAGUAUCAGGGAAAUGUUGAGGCAACCGGAGAGGAUUACUCUGUUGAACCAGCAGAGAGCAGAAGGCCUUUCCGUGCUCUCCUAGAUGUUGGCCUUCUACGAACGACCACUGGAAAUCGUGUUUUUGGUGCUCUCAAGGGAGCCUUAGAUGGCGGGCUUGAUAUUCCUCACAGUGACAAGAGGUUUGCUGGUUUCAGUAAAGACAGUAAGCAACUUGAUGCUGAGGUUCACCGCAAAUACAUCUAUGGAGGCCAUGUUUCUGCAUACAUGGCGACUCUGAUGGAAGAUGAGCCAGAGAAGUACCAGUCUCACUUUUGCGAAUACAUAAAGAGAGGUAUCGAGCCAGAUGGCAUAGAGGAGAUGUACAAAAAGGUUCAUGCAGCAAUACGCGCUGAUCCCUGCCCAAAGAAAUCCGUCAAAGAGCCUCCAAAGCAGCACAAGAGGUUUAACCUGAAGAAGCUAACUUACGAGGAAAGGAAAGCCAGCUUGAUAGAGAGGUUAAAUGCUCUCAACUCUGCUGCCCCUGCUGAUGGUGAUGACGAGGAGGAGGAGGAGGAGUGAAAUCACCAGUAGGAACUUGGUGAUCAUUGUGUUCUUUGUUUUUGAGAAUUACUUCAGGAACCUUCGGUUUUGCUCGUUUCUUUGAAUUGUUUGGGACAUAACAGAUUUGAGUAGCUUUGGUAUAACAUUAAAAAUGCUCAAUGUUAGUUGUUUUUAAUUGACAUGUUA